AGCCUAAUUCCGACUGAGACGGACCUAAAUGUCUCUUCGAAUUCCGUGGAGUAUUGAUACGAGUUGAGAUCCGGACUGCGUAUUAGCGCCAGUUUCACGAGCCUAACUCAACGAAUUAUGAGCGUCAUUCUUCAUGUUCUUGUCCUUCAUGUGGUCAACAUUAGACAUAUAAAGCAACAUGUCACACGAUAUUAUGGCCUAACAAGACUCGGAGCCAUACGACUGCCGCUCCGCAGGUGCCUUUCCACCAUCAAUGGAGAAAAAUCUCUGGCGCUUGUGUUGUCUUCUGAUAGCCUAGUUUAGGAUCUCAAUACGACCGACGGGAAUUUCUUGGAAUGAGUCGUGCACUUAAAAGGAUGGACUUUCAUCUCGAAUAUCAUCAAGCGACCUCCUUUGCAGAAUGCUCAGCUCUCUUAUUCUUCUUGACAUUGCUAUUGCACUUGCCGACCUGGUCUUUCUGUGGUAUCUCUUCCGCAGAAACAACCGUGAUGCGCCCUUUCCUCCAGGCCCUAGAGGACUCCCGCUUAUUGGGAACCUUCUUGACAUGCCCUCUGAGAAGGAAUGGCUCACCUUCGCUAAAUGGGGAGAGAAAUACGGCGAUAUAGUUUCGGUCUCCAUCCUUGGUCGGCGCCUGGUUGUCAUAAAUUCGGCUCAGAUGGCUAUCAGUAUACUUGACAAGAAAAGUUCUAUCUACUCUGAUAGACCAGUUGUUGGUAUGGGUGGCGAGCUCGUCGGGUGGAGAAACUCCCUGGCUCUUAUGCCUUAUGGUGCACGUUUUCGUAACCAUCGUCGCUUAGCGCAUCAGCUUUUCGGCAAUAACGCAACCAUGAAUCAAUUUCUGCCGAUGUUAGAGUCAGAGAUGCGUCGCUCUUUGAAGAGAAUCUUCAUUAGACCUGAAGGACUUUCUGAACAUAUCCGAAAGACUGCCGGAUCCAUAAUUCUGCAAAUCUCACAUGGAUACGUGACUCAAGAAGACAACGAUCCCUUCAUAGAGCUCGCAGAACGAACAAUGAACCAAUUUUCCCUUUCAACGGCUUCGGGCGGUUUCUUAGCCAACCUUAUUCCAAUCUUAACCCACAUUCCAGACUGGUUCCCGGGGGCUGGAUUCAAACGGACCGCUCGAGAGUGGGCUUCAACCUUAAACGAAUUCGUGGAAAAGCCAUAUAACUAUGUAAAGCAAGAAAUGGCGGCUGGAACGGCUCGUCAUUCCCUGACCUCCAGCCAUCUUGGAAAGGGCGUGACUGCCGAGGAAGAGUACGAUAUCAAAUGGCUCGCAGCAACUCUAUACGCUGGUGGGGCUGAUACUACUGUUGCAGCUAUUUACGCCUUCUUCAAAGCAAUGCUUCUGUAUCCUGAGAUUCAGGCGAAAGCACAAGCGGAGAUCGACGCAGUGAUUGGGGAUGAUAGGCUACCACGAUUCGACGAUAGGGAACGCCUCCCGUAUGUCAAUGCACUAGCGCUCGAAGUUACCAGAUGGCACGCCGUAGGACCUGCAGGCCUUCCCCAUUGCGUUACUGAAGAUGAUGUUCAAUUCGGCUAUUUCAUUCCUAAGGGUUCUUUGGUCUAUGCGAACAUCUGGAAAAUGCUUCACGAUCCUGCGGUAUAUGAUCAACCAUUCGAAUUCAAGCCAGAGAGAUUCAUCCGAACGGAAAGCAAGGAGCCGGAAUUUGAUCCUCAUAAAUUAGCGUUUGGAUUCGGACGACGGAUUUGCCCAGGUAGAGUCCUAGCUGACGCGUCCAUAUUUAUUUCGUGUGCAAUGGCGCUGUCGGCCUUCACCAUCUCGAAAUGUUCUGAAGAUGGUAUUACACUUGAACCGGACACGGAACACACCGCAGGGACUAUCAGCCAUCCGACGCCGUUCAAGUGCAGAAUCGAAGCUAGAAGUGAGAAGUUUUUAGGACUCAUUAACGAAGAACGGUUCGAUUAACAAUGAGUGCCGAUUGAUCUAACCAUAGCCUCCACCGAAGAACUAUUUCCCGAGCCAGCGUCCUUCCGUUUGUAGUAUGUACUGCUGAUACUGAUUGUCCAAUCUCUAUGAAUGAUCC